GCUCCAUCUGCGCAGUCUCAGAUGAACUAGGCAAAGAGUGCGAGUACCUCGUGGGAGCGUGCAGGCUGCGUAUUCGCCCAAGCAGAAGACUUGGGGAAGAUUGUAGAGAAAUAGGAAAAGAAGAAUAGCCAAUAUUAGAAAUGUUGGUGUUGUUUGAGACCGCGGCCGGCUAUGCAAUUUUCAAAGUGCUGGACGAGCAGAAGGUCCAGCAGGUGGACAGUCUGUGGAAGGAGUUUGAAACUCCCGAGAAGGCCAAUAAAAUAGUGAAACUGAAACAUUUUGAGAAGUUCCAGGAUACCACAGAAGCCUUGGCAGCUGCCACCGCGCUGGUGGAGGGCAAAAUGGGAAAGACGCUGAAGAAAGUGCUGAAGAAGGUGGUGGCCAAAGAGGCGCACGAACAGCUGGCCAUCACCGAUGCCAAAUUGGGCGGAGUCAUCAAAGACAAGCUGAACCUGAGCUGUGUGCACAGCCCGGCUGUGUCGGAGCUGAUGAGGGGCAUCAGGAACCAGAUGGAGGGGCUCAUCACGGGACUGCCCCCCCGGGAGAUAAGCGCCAUGUCCCUGGGGCUGGCACACAGCCUGUCUCGAUACAAGCUCAAGUUCAGCCCCGACAAAGUGGACACCAUGAUCGUCCAGGCCAUCUCCCUUCUGGACGACCUGGACAAGGAGCUGAACAACUACAUCAUGCGCUGCAGGGAGUGGUACGGCUGGCACUUCCCCGAGCUGGGCAAGAUCAUCACGGACAACCUGGCCUACUGCAAGAGCGUGCGAAAGCUCGGUGACCGAACCAACGUGGCGACCACCGACCUUUCCGACAUCCUGCCAGAGGAGGUGGAGGCCGAGGUCAAGCUGGCGGCGGAGAUCUCCAUGGGAACGGAGGUGUCGGAGCAGGACAUCGGCAACAUCAUGCACCUGUGCGACCAGGUGAUCGAGAUCACGGAGUACCGCAGCCAGCUGUACGACUACCUGAAGAACCGCAUGAUGGCCAUCGCGCCCAACCUGACGGUGAUGGUGGGGGAGCUGGUGGGCGCCAGGCUCAUCUCCCACGCAGGCUCUCUGUUGAAUUUGGCCAAGCACCCGGCCUCCACGGUGCAGAUCCUGGGCGCGGAGAAGGCCCUGUUUCGGGCCCUGAAGACUCGCCGGGACACCCCCAAAUACGGGCUCAUUUACCACGCCUCCCUGGUGGGACAGACCACCGCCAAGAACAAGGGCAAGAUCUCCAGGAUGCUGGCCGCCAAGGCGUCGCUGGCCAUCCGUUACGACGCGCUGGCGGAGGACGCCACCGCGGAGAUGGGCGUGGAGAACCGCGCCAAGCUGGAGGCCAGACUGCGGCACUUGGAGGAGAAGGGGAUCCGGCGCAUCAGUGGAACAGGCAAAGCCACGGCCAGAGCGGACAAGUACCAGCACAAGAGCGACGUCAGGGUGUACGACCCCUCCGGGGACUCCACGCUGCCCUCCGGCUCCAAAAAGAGGAAGUUUGAGGAAGUGGAUCCGGAGGCCGAGGCGGAGGUGGAGGAGGCCAAGCCGGCUGAAGCCAAGGCCAAGAAGCCCAAGAAGGAAGCGGCAGCCGAGGAACCCGAGGCAGCGGCGGAAGAGACAGAGGAACCUCCAAAGAAAAAGAAGAAAAAGAAAGAGAAGAGACAGGCGGAGGAGGCGGCAGCAGCAGAGGAGGUGAUGGAGGAGGUCGAAGAGGAAGAGGAGGUCGCAGCAGAAGAGACAACAGAAAAGAAGAAAAAGAAGAAGAAAAAGAAGGUCAAGGAGGAGGAAGAGGACUGAGGGAGAAAUUUUUCGUUUUUUGUUUAGAUUUUUGUUAUACCUGCCCGGGUUCUCUUCCUGAAAGACAGAAACUGCAGAACAGACCCCCGGAUAUCACUGUACCUUCUACACAUGGCUUCAUCGUACACGAUCGCUAACAAAGCUACAAUGUUUUAUUACCCCCCCCCCCACUUAAAAUCUCAAGUCACCCAGUGGGGGAAAAAAGACUGAUUUAAGGAUGUUUGUGUAGGAUCAUAUGCUUUUGACCUGAAUCAAAAGAUUGCCAUUGCCAUGCAUCAUGUCUGGUCUGCAUUUUUUAUGUUCCCUUUUGUAAUAUAGGUGCUUGAUUAAAUUAGCAAAGAACAUCAGUCGGAAGUUUCCAGAAGAACGUGUAAGCCGACCUUGGUAUAUACACACGGUUCUGCACUGUAUAUUUUUUUUUUCCUUCUAGAUUUCAAAUAAAUGUUUGUACAUUUCCACACACAGACGUUAAUUCCGAAAUUAGCCGUAUGUCUUUUGGUGCAUUAAAAGCCUUUAUUUUAAA